UGAGCUUUUCACGUUCAACAACCUAAAAAAUUAAAUUGUCUUGUUUCCAUAUAAAUUUUGUCAUGGACUCCAAACGCGAUGAGGACGAGAUAAAAUUAGAUCCGCCGCUCUUCUUGCCCUGCGAUUUGAGUGAUUUCCGGGAUCCGGGUAAAAAGGGUGAAAUCACUGGGGCCUGUGAGGAAUUGGACAAGUUGAGUGCACAGGACGAGAUCAGUGUAUCGAGCAUAAUCUCUGCAUUGAUUCGACCCAUUGAACCAUCCGAGGAUCAGUAUAAACAAUGCGAUUGGGGCAUUGAUCCAAAAAACUUUUUGCCCGUAAAACAGGCCGUCAUCUUUAAGGAGCAAUUGUUCAUCUCGAAGCUGCGAAACACGAACUGCAAGUUGACCGAGAAUCUGAAGAUCUUCUUUGAGCGCGAAUUGAAACAGAUUGGAAAGUUUUGCCUGAAUGUGGAGGAGACAUUCGAUGGAUAUGUUGUCUACAGCAGCAGCAAGAUGAAGAAGGGCAAAGGGAUCACCGAGUGUGGACAUCAGCUCAAAGGCAAAUACGAUGAUAAAUUUCUGCUGAUCUGCGAGAAACGCUCCGAAUUCGAUCGUAUCGAUCAUGCCUUUAUGGAGAAGAUCCUCGAGGUGAGAAACCACGCUGAUCUCUAUUUGACGGCGAUAAGGGAAACGCGAAUCAACGAGGAAGCGCAAAAGUUCAAGGCAACCGUCGAUAUCAAGGAUCGCGAUCACACUUUUGUCUUGGAUGGUGGCAUUAUGCUUCUGAUGAGGCAUCUCGUUUGUCACAACUUUGUCGGCAGCUACGAGUACUACACUAUGAAUCUCUUUGGACGAGUGCUGCGCUGCAAUCUGAUAGUCCACAAGGAGCGCAAACUGGUGCGAAUCUUUUAUCGCACCUACAAGAACACCGUGCACAUUGUGACCCAACAAUGCUUCAACGAUGAGCUACAGGAUGUGGCCGAGACCUUUAUGACCCCAGAGGGUCGCAUUGUGCUGCACUUUUGGCGUGGCUAUAACUAUCUGCUGCAUGCUGCCUGUUUGCCCCCCAAAAAAAAGAAGGAGUACAUUCUGCCCAAACUAGAGUUGAUGUGGCGUCAGGAUGUCGCCUUGAGUCGCAAGUUUAGACAGCUCAAGGCAUUGAACUACGAGAACUCCAUGAAGUAUCUAGAAUCGAACUCGGAACUGGCCGACUUUAUGCAGGACUAUGUGUUGAAUGUGCUGCGUUAUAAGCCCACAAAUGUUUUGGAGUUCUCCAUUAUGUUCUUCCAGAACAUGGCCAACAGCUAAAAGUGCUCUAUCUUUCCUGUUAUAACAAUCCUCUAAAAUGUCUCUGAGUGUUUCGAAUAAAAGUGAAAUCGCUAAAGUA